CGCCUGACGCGCGUCCUCUCGUACGUCACCUUACAGGCAGCGACCGUUAUCCGGCUCCUGAUCACCGUAGCAGCCUUGUACGUGCAGAGCGAGAGAGGGCGCGAGAAGAGUGAGAGAGAGAAGAAGAAGAAGAAGAAGAAGAAGAAGAAGAAGAAGAAGAAGAAGAAGAACAGAAGGUUAUGAAGCUGCUCGCCACUCUAGCUCUGCUAGUCUGCCUCCUCUGCAGUCCGCUGAGAGGCGAUGAUGAGGCGGACGCAGAGAAUGUCGACAGUCUACAAGAUGUCGCCGCAGCGAUAGAGAUCCUCCCGGAGUUGGAGGGCGCUCUGGAAGAGAAACUGCCCGAGUUACUGGAAGAUGAUUCCAUCCCCGAUUUACCGAAGGAUCUGCCCACCAUCGAGCUUACCGAUCCGCUACCCGACGUUCCUGCACCUCGCCUAGCCGACGUCCCGGAUGGGGGACAGGAGGCGCCACCUGUGGAUGCCGAUGGUCUCAUGCCGGAGCCCCGCCAGAUGGCGACAACGGUCAGCUUUCUGCAUCGCGGCUCGCACGCGCAGUACGCGCCCGACUGGGCGACCGUCAGCCACCGGCUGUACUACUUCCGUUUCCGGUCGCUGCUGCCGACGGCGCUGCUGAUGUACGAGCGGUUCGCGGCGCCCCCUGGCGACGUGCCCGACUACUCGCUGACGUUGAUGCUCCGCCAGGGGCAGCUGCACGUGAUGUACAAGUACGACAAGGAACAGAGCGAGAUCGUCUGCGGAAAAGGUCAAGUGCUGUCCAAGUAUCGCGGCUGCAUGAAGAAGGUGUACUACAACGCCGCGUCUGUGCUGGGGCUGCUGGCGGACCGCUCCCCGCGCGUCAUGCUGUACGGCACGGGUGACCCCGUGAUGAAGUGUGAAGCCAUCUCCCCGCCACCGAUGACCUUCCUCAACAAGACCGCGAUGGCCGUAGUUAAGGUUCUCGCAAUAUCGGAAGUCAACGUCGACCUGAAGUUUAAGACCUUCGAGAAAUCGGCUCUCAUAGUCUACUCUACCGUAAACUUCGGUGUGGAUGGCUCCGGCGAUGUCACGCUCGGAAAAUACGAGCUUGCUUUCAAAUCUGGAUCGUUGAUCUUCACGUUACAACGGGAUGUCAACGACAUGGCGACAGCGAGAAGCAUGCAGGUGAUGCAGCCAUUCAACGACGGAAGCUGGCAUCACGUGGUUAUCGGCUACAAGCAAAUGGUUGGAACGAUGCGUGUGGACGGAACACACGACGCGAAGCUCACCGGAGACACAGAUGACAUUCAACCUAGUCAGAUCGUCAUCCUCGGAGCUAUACAGUCUGGAUCAGAAGAGCCGUGGCUCAUGGGCUCUCGGCGGCGCGGGGGCGAUGGGCUGGUUGGCAGCGGCUCGGGUUACAGCUGCAACUGCGAUAAGAACGAUGACGUGAUGACAGCGGAUGAAGGCAAUCAGACGGACCCCGCCAACCUGCCGCUAGUUGAAGCCACCUUUGUGCAACACAGAGAUGCUGCGGCAGACGCCAGCGCCGAUCUGUCGCUAGGACCGCUGCUCUGCGAAGGAUUGAGGAACGUGGACGAUAACGACGUUGUCACGGUAACGACGAGUGACGCGACGCUGGUGGCGCCCACGUGGACCGGCCCCCAGCUGAGCUUCUAUUUCCGCACUGCGAAUAGCAGCGGUGUGAUCAUGUACCAGGCGCCGCUCCCGCCCGCCGGGGACAGUCUAACCUCAGAGUCGCACUACCUCACAGUCGUACUCAUCAACGGCAACCGGCUGAUGUUCCAAUACAGAGGAGUGCUCAGACCAUUUGAGUUCAUCGCUGCCUCGUCCACGCCGCUGAACAACGGCGCGUGGCAGUACCUGUCCAUAGAACAUCACAGGCGAGAGAUACAGGUACGCACUCACGCGUCUGCUAAUCGACAAAGAAUUUUAGGAAGACGGGAAAAAUCCGAGAUCAGAGUUCAGGGUACAUUCGACGAUGGGAAGCGCCACCUGUUGGUGUAUACGAGAAGGCAGAGUGACGCCGUGCUUACGGUGGAUGCCAUGACGACGAGGAAGGCCGUGUACGGAGAGAUUGUGCUGAACGCUGUGAGUCAGCUGUGGAUGGGAGGUUCGGACAGAGCAGACGAUAUACACGCUGGCUACGACAACUACAUCGGCUGCAUGUCCAACAUAAUAUUCGACCUGCUGGAAGGAGAAGAUACAGUAAUUCGUCCGAUAGAUGUUGCUUUCAACUACCUCCAAGACGAAAACGUUGAGAUCCGACCCAGCGGUGGCUUCUAUGAACGCGCAUGCGCAGACUUCGAGGGUGGACUCAUCAUUCCCACGUUCCCACCAUAUACCACGCCCUCGGGGGCGACAUUCCCGGCAGGGUUCAUUAGAGGACAACCGGUGACGGCUGAAUACGCGAUCGCUGAGCCGACUCGAGAGACUGCCAGUACUGCCGGAAGUACAACGGCCAUCAUCAUCAUCGUCAUCGUCCUCGUCAUCAUCGUCGGCAUCAUCGCCAUCUACGCGUACAUGAGCAACAAGCAGAAGAAGAAGAAGAAGAGCUAUGAGGAUGCGGAGGCUGCGGCAGCAGAGCGCAAGGCCCUGCAGCCGAUGGGAGCAUCAGCGGAAGCAGAGGAGUUACCGAUGAAGAAAGCGGAUCAGAACAGCAACGUGAACUACGUACCGCUAGCUGAUAAUGGGGGAUCGAUGCAGACUCGACCCAGCCAGAACUCCAUACCGGAGCCGACGAAGCUACACCACACACAGGAGAUGGAGGAGCUUCGAACACCCAGCAUGACCAAACUUCAAGCAAAAAGCGAUGACCCUGGCAACAGCUACGUCAACGACAGUUCGUCUACGUCAUCAACGACGUCAUCGACGACAUCGGAUGACACGAUGACGGAGAGAGACGAGACGCAUCCCAUGGUGCACCGCGAGGACGACCCGCCAGAGGACCUGGAGUGGGAUCCGAGCGCAGACAGCACAGAACUGCUGAACAGAGCCGGCCUGCCGGGGAGAACAGUGCGCUAUGGUAACCCAGGGGAGGAAUUUGACGAAAAUCAGUUCGAUGAUUUUACGGACGAGCCGAUGGUGACGGGUGACGACGAUGACGAUGAGGGCGUCUACGUCCUUCCUCCACCCAGCAAGCCUCUGACACCAAUAGAGGAGUUUCCAGAGAACAUGAGGGCGCCACUGGCGGACCUCACAGACGAAUUCGACGCGCCGAUAGCUGGCAGUAACCGCAACAGCAUGAUUGACCCCGAGGUCGUGCAGAGGUCACUAGACGACCUUGACUCUCCCCGGUCUUCGAUCACGGAGUACGUGAGCUGCACGGAGCUAAACGAAGCGUCCGUAUGAUGAUGUCACGCAGGAUGACGUCACCCAGCGGCGGCGGAUCAUGUGACAGUCUAGUCGUGAGCCGCCGUUCUUCUCUAGCUCGCAUAACUUCAUCACAUAUCAUCGAUAUUACCUCUCUUUACUUCUCUGUCGUGAUAAUGGGGAGGCACGGGGAAGAGAUGUGCAGGAUACAUCGCAUCUUUUCUUCUUGGCGAAUGCUGGGGAAUGAGGGAAGGCUUUCGUGUGUCAGACUUACGCACGUACCUACGGGGUUGAGUGGCGCUGAACAGUUUCUUGAUAGAUGCGUUUAGUAGAUUUCAAGUUUUAGAUUAACGUUAGCAUCGGUGAUGCACAAGAUUUUUGAAUAAUUAGAUAGUUUAUAUUUUGUUUUGUUACUUUCUUGCUCCUCUGCCCCGAUGUGUUGAAGCAAAGUAAUGUAAUUAGUAAUGGGAAUUUACCUGCGUAUUAUAAGUUGGUAAUGUGUUUUCGUAUUGUAAAGUUGUCAAGAUAUUUGUUGAUAAUUUCGCGUUACAAAUUGCGCGAUAAGUAGACCUAAACGAUAUGUGACCGUGUGAACAAUUCACUUAUUUAAGUUUCUAACUUUAGUAAUUAGAUGUUAUAUAUAUGUAUAUAUAUAUAUGUAUAUAUAUAUAUAUAUAUAUAUAUAUAUAUAUGGUUGAUAUAAAGAUGCUCAUUUUAAUGUACUUCAGUCAUAUCUGUCAGUAAUUUGUAUCCUAUUAUGAUUCUACUACUCACUAAAAAGCAAUAUUUGUCCGUAGCUACGUCUUUCAAUUAUGUCGUCGUUAAGAAAUAUGCGACUAAUAUUAAUAGUUUGUGAUAUAAAGGAGAUACAGGUACAUAUAUGAUAGAGGUUUUAAUUUGGGAUAUUCAGAUAUUUUAUAGCUUUUUGUUGGAUGAUCACUAACGGUUGAAUACGGGAGUAACGUAUAUGUAUAUUAAUACCUAGAGUCCCGUUAUAGAGUUGUCUGGUCUCUAAUCUCUUAUAGACGAAGUGAUCUACCGAUUCUCCUAGAUAUUACCCCAAAAUCCAAGUCGGUUGUGAAAUGAAACUUUUAAACUAUCUGAUCUCUUGAUCAUGAUAAUAAACUUCGCAACUUCAA